UAUCUAGACAGCAAUCUUGACCAUUCACCGCCAGCCACGCGAAACUCCAGGACCUACCUAUCCAAUGGCCUCUCCGCUGCUGCCCUGCCACGCUCAUUCACUGUGCCCAAUACGACAUUCGGUCCCUCGGCCCUGGCCCCAGGUUCAUUCACAAAUGCCUCAUUUGAGCCAGACCAUCAUCAUCUUCAACAGCAACAUCCAAAGCAUUCCAUAUGUCUGACCCAGACUCAUGACGCAGGCCAAGGUCCUCUCGCUCGAUUGCCCUGUGCAACCUGUCUCCCAUGCCCUCUUCAGCUGACUAGUUUCUCCGCCUCUUUAUCCUCUUCACUUUGCUAUUCAUCCUCUGCUCAGCGCUCCUCAGUACUCUCAAUUCACUCCAUCGAGCCUCAUGCUAUCUCCACCGUUCCCGCCUACCAAACUUUUUCGCCCCAAUCACCUCACUCAAGCCCUUCUCAAAAGGCGGAUUUCCAGCGUAAUCGAAUGAUGAUUGCGCAGGCUGAUAUUGUACAGCAUGGGGUAUCGGAGGGCCUUUCAUUAUCUCUCUCUUCCUCAUCGCUCUCUUCUUCCCAUUCUCCUGUCUCAGCUCCGAUUUCUGCGAAGAGUUCCUGCACGCCUGGGCCAUCGGCAACCAAAGAGAUUAAAUUAUCCGAAAUCAAAAUGCCUUCGGCGUCUAGCUCACUAGUAAUUGUCACAUCGGAUGGCUCUCUUGCACGCUCGCCCACUCAUAUGAGAGGUGAUCUCGCCGAACGCCGUAAGGACACAAAUUCUAUCCCCUCACACACUUUGUCUCGUAGUCAGCUAUCAAAGCAAGCUUCUGGUACACGGAAGGCACUGCAGAUAGGUCUUUCUACUCGAGCUGCCAGUUUACUGUCAAGUGCGAGGGAUGGCCUCGACGACGUUCUUCGACUUGGCCGAGUGCAGAGACAUCGUCCUGGCCGGCUUCGCAUUAAGAAACGUUUUCGAACUCGAGCCAUACGUAGUGAGACUGAGACGGAGGAAGCAACAGAAAUGGAUGAAAGUGAGCCAACAAACAAGCAGACAAAAAAAAAGGAAGGGGUAUUGGCACUGCGACAUCGGAGAGAGGCAUUCCAGUCUGCCGUUCUGUUUUUUCACCCCGCCCGAUCGACGAAUCAGCCUCGUGGCACAUGUAGCAUAACCGAAGGUCCUACACGAACGGGCUGGUCACUAAGCAUCGAGCCGCAUACGCUCAGACAAACUGUUACUAGUGAUAGUACCAGGGUUGAUGGUGGUAAUCUCAGAUCGAAGACAUUCUCAUCUCACUAUAGGCAAACAAUUUCAGAAACCAGGCCACCUGCCGCCUUUAAUUUGCAUCAACAUUGGCUGAAUGAUCCGAACCCUAUGGCUUCUGUCUCUAACAGUUCACCUUCUCUAAUCGGCAUUGAGUCAACUGGCAGUCCUCAGUCCGGUUCAACUUCUGAUAACAUUAGCGCUGCUGGUAUGGAUGCUGAAAAGGAUAAGAGGCCAUCUCGAAGGUUAACUGGAUCGGGUCAGUAUGCUGGUGUCAGUAGAGAUAAAAGUGACAGUGGAUCCACUGGUAAUAGGAGUCGGGAUGGAUUUGAAGGCGGCAGGGGGGGGUGGGGAGGUGGCUUUCUACAACGCCUCUCUCACAAAAUUACCCGAAAACAGGGUCAACUAUCAUCAAAGCGCUCUUAA